AUGGAGCAAUCAACAUACAAUCUCAGCAUGGAGGAGGACAGUCCCCUUCUCCCUUCCAGCUGCGUCAGCGCACCCGAGGAAGACCGUGGGAAAGCCACCUGGCAAGCAUGGAAAGUGCCACUUUUGUGCUAUGCAUGUGCUAUAUUACUGGACUGGGCACAAGUAAUGCGGGCCACUCCAAAGGUGCGCCUCUUUGAAUCGAUUCUUUGCGAGCGUUAUUAUAGUGCACGCUCACUCGAGCACCUAUCACAAAUGGCCUUGCCUGAGAGCAUGUGCAAAAUCGCUCCCAUUCAGAAAGACCUUGUUGCCGUCCAAGCAUGGUUGAAGCUAGGAGAUAAUCUAUGUGCCCUGGUAACAGCAAGGCUCUUUGGUCAGCUCGCUAGUUCUCAAAGACGGACUCUGGUGCUCACCUUAGGAGUUUGGGGCCAGGUUCUCGCCGAGGCUUGGAUCGUUGUGAUAUGUCGUCUCACUCCCCUCGUUCCUUUUGAGACUGUCUAUGUAUCGAUCAUAUUGAGGGCUGUCGGUGGUGGUGAGAUGGUUCUCUCUGCUAUUGUUCAUGCCAUCCUAGCGGAUGUUGUUCCGGAAGGUAAAAGGGCAGAGGCCUUCUUCCAUCUGGCCAGCACCACAUUGCUAUCGGAAAUAUUUGCACCGGCCAUAGGAUCCGUUCUAAUGGACAAGGAGGUGUACGCCCCUUUGCUCGCCGGUCUCCCCCUGCAGGUCAUCUCGCUUGUGGCGAUUGCUAUACUUCCGAAGGAAACAGAGCUUCUUCGGGAACCAACUGACGCGCUCACAGACCGAGAAGCAGGAUACCCAGCCACGCAACACUCGGUCUGGCAAAUCCUACGCCGUCAAUGGCCCUUCUUCCUGGUCCAUGUCUCCUUUUUGACUUCGAUGCUGGCACGAGAAACCCUUGACUUUCUCGUUCAAUAUAUAUCUAGAAGGCUGAAUUGGAGCCUGUCCAAGGUAGUGUCCGUCCAAAAGGAGUAUCCUGAAGACAUCUCGUCACUGACUGGUCAGGCGAACUAUAUCGUGUCUCUUAAAUCUCUCUUCAACCUCAUCCUCUUUCUGUACAUACUUCCGGUGUUCAAGUCGCGACUGGUUCAGCAUGAUGCUGUCCAUCCGUCCAGGGUGGAUCUGUGGAUCGCACGAGCAAGCGCGGCGUUUGGAGUAACGGGCCUCGCGCUGCUAGGCUUCUCUAGUUCACCGUUAUCCAUUAUAUUGUCGCUUAUCAUAUACACUUUGUCAUCCGGGUACCCGCAUGUCCUGCAAUCGUACGGCACAUCAAUGCUGCCUUCGGAGGCCGUGACUUCGUUCUACACUUCCCUUGCUAUGGUUCUCAUUUUUGGCACCCUAGUGGGAUCGCCCCUGCUGGCUAUGGCGUUUAGAGCAGGCCUAGGUAUGGAGGAAGCUGGUAUGGGACUGGCGUUCUAUGUUGCUGCUGGAUUGUUUGGUAUAUCUACCACCGGUGCUUGGGCCUUGAGCUAG